UCUGUAGAACGCUCGGAUGUUUUUGUGACGAAUUCUCGCACAAUAAAAUAUUAAUGUCUCACUCACGGUAGCAUACAUAGACAGAACGUAACGAAGGUUUUGUUUGAAUCCGCCGUUUGUUCUUCAUGAAUAAGUUAAGUGCGCAAUAAUGAACUUGAAGCGGCUGUUAAAAAAAUCAUAAUUAUGUGAUACUUUUACGCACUAUAUUUAACAAAAAUAUCUUAAUUCACAUACUACGGAAUACAAUCUGGACAAUGCUGCCGUCAUCAGUUUACUGUUAUCUCCAUGCGCUGUGGAUUAUAUUACUGCUGGUUGUAAAAAGCAACUGUGAAAGCAUCCUGCUGGUGCGGUCAUGUCAGAGCGCACAAGGAAACGGACGGUGCAUCCCCAGUCCGGAAUGCUGCAAGCUGGUCGGAGGAGCUGUUGUUACACCAAACGAAGAUCAACCGUGCGGAAGCCGCGAAGUCUGUUGUUACAUCGUGCCGACAGUUCCGGAUUCUGAUCAAUCGUGCUCAGCAUGUGCUGUGUUGACCGCAAAUAAAACCGGAGUCAUCACCACACCUGCACCAUCUGUCGUGAGCGUCGAGAACGCGCUGAAUACUGUUGAUACAGCAUUGCCGGUCGCGGAUGACCAAGCCAACCUGAUUCGAUCAUUCGGUGGGCCCACCUCCAGGGAUGAUCUGUCGGCCGGGAGACCACGGCCGGCGUCAUCGGUUUCAUUCUUCGCCCGAACAGCAGAAUCGGGAUUCGGCAUACCGUACCGUAUUGAACGAACAAUCUUCGACAAAGAUGCCAUGAAAGACACUUACUGUUGGCAGGUUGCGCUGGUGGAUUCGAGCGGCAAAAUUUUCGGUGGCGGCGCACUCGUGGCGAAAAACUACGUUCUCACCGCUGCCCACAAAGUGGCUAAUCGACUUCCUCAGAACUUUCAAGUAGUAUUGGGAAAAUACAACUUCAAGGAUCAGGAGGAAGACAGCAGAAUAGCCAGUCCACUGGAAGUUAUCAUCCAUGAGAACUGGGAUCCAGCUGUAUUUGAGAACAAUAUUGCGCUGAUCCGAAUCCCUAACGUAAAAUGCAACGGUGCUGAAGUGUGCACUAUUUGCCCAAGCAGCAGAGGAUUAGAUCCGCUUGCCCAAGCACAAGAUAUUUGCUUUGUGACGGGAUGGGGAUCAACAUACACAAAAGGAGAACUGGAAAAGCUGCAACAGAAUCAGAUCUCACCAAUCUCAAAUGACGACUGCGUCCGCCGGUUGGCCAGAUCUGGUAUCGAAGAUUUCAUCGUACCUUCGACAAUGUUUUGUGGCUCCAGUGCUGAUCCAGAUCACCUUGCUUGUGAUGGUGACGGCGGUGGACCUUUAGUCUGCAUGCAAAGUGGGACAUGGGCGUGGGAACUGCGGGGCUUAGUGGCGCUAGGUGUCAGUCAGUGCAUAAACGUCACAGAUGCCCCUACGGUGUACACGGAUGUCGGAAAAUUAUCGGGAUGGAUUGCACGCAAGAUCCAGCAGCUGGAUGCCGAGAAGACGCCCUGGGAUCGGUAUAAACUGCCCACGACACCGCGCACAACUACCACCACUACCACGCCGACCACCACUACACCAGUGCCGGUGCCGGUCAACAAGGCGCCCAUUCUCAACCGACGAACCUACGACCGUACUCCCAUGACUUUUUCAUAUGUCUUCCCCUCAUUUCUCAGACGUCUUGAGGAUAACGCCGAUGACUCGCCGACGUACUAGUGCGCUGCUUUCUGGAUAAAUGCAGCGCUUGCGGUUGCGAUCAUGCACUGUGCUGAUGGUGUUUUACCUGAUGGUAGUUUUCAGUGAUCCUAAUGUUCGUUAAAUUUCAAAUAGUGACGGUUUUUGUUGGUUGAACUGAAUGGUUGCGAAUAUGUUUUGAGAUCCAGCUGGUCUGGUCAAUGUGCUGUAUCAUGAAUCAUGAUGAUGGUUAAAAUAG